UGCUGCGGUGCAGUCGCUGACAGGACACACACACACACAUAUACACACACACACACACACACACACACACACGCACACACACACACAUACACACACACACACCCCUUGCUGUACACCUCUCUGGACAAGAUGAGAGGCCUCUUGCUGAUUGCCAUCGUCCUCCUGCCGGUGGUGUGCUCCAUGUAUUCCGAGAACUCAGACUGUGUGAUCAAAAGACAGCAGGAGAGAUGUAUGGAGAGGAUCGCCCUGCACAACCUAACACACUACCUGGAUGACGAACUUUUUGGCUGUCCGCGGAUGUGGGAUGACCUGGCUUGUUGGCAGGCCGCAGCCGUAGGUGAGGUGGUUUCAGUCAGAUGUCCUGAAGUCUUCCACGUGCUGCUGAGUCCUGACCAUGAGAUUGGUUGGAUCAGUAGGAACUGUACAGAGGAGGGCUGGUCAGAAACGUUUCCUCACUAUGUUGACGCCUGUCUGUCAGACGACAACACCACCAGACCGGACAUGUACUAUGCAUCUGUGAAGGCUCUGUACACAGUAGGAUACAGCACCUCUCUGGUCUCUCUCUCAGCCGCCAUGACCAUACUCUGCAGGUUCAGGAAGCUCCACUGUACCAGGAACUAUAUCCAUUUGAACCUCUUCAUUUCCUUCAUGCUGAGAGCUAUCUCUGUCUUCAUCAAGGACGGGGUCCUCUAUGCUCAGGAGGAUGCAAACCACUGCUUCAUACACACCGUGGUGUGUAAAGCAGUGAUGGUAUUAUUCCACUACUGUGUGAUGUCCAACUACUUCUGGCUGUUCAUCGAAGGCUUGUACCUUUUCACCCUGCUGGUCCAAACCUUCUUCCCAGAGAGACGAUACUUCUACUGGUACACCGUGGUAGGAUGGGGUACUCCCACCAUCUGUGUGACUGUCUGGGCUGCUCUGAGGCUCCACUUUGACGACACAAGUUGCUGGGAUACCAACGACACCACUGCCCUCUGGUGGGUGAUCAAGGGACCUACGGUCGUCUCCAUCAUGAUCAACUUUGUCCUGUUUGUUGGAAUCAUAGUGAUUCUGGUCCAGAAGCUCCAGUCACCUGACAUCAGAGGGAAUGAGUCCAGGAUCUACCUUAGCUGUGCUCAGAAAUGCUUCAGUGAACCCACUCAGGCUGUCCAACAUUCCUGCAUGAUGUCAGAGCUAUCAGCCAUCACACUGCGUCUGGCCCGGUCCACCCUCCUCCUCAUCCCCCUCUUUGGGAUCCACUACACUGUGUUUGCCUUCUCACCGGAGGACGUCAGCAAGAAAGAGAGGCUGGUGUUUGAGCUGGGGCUGGGAUCUUUUCAGGGUUUUGUUGUGGCUGUGCUCUACUGUUUCCUCAAUGGAGAGGUGCAGUCUGAGGUCAAGAGGAAGUGGCGGAGCUGGAGGGUGAACCGUUACUUUACUGUGGAUCUGAAUAACCAGCAGCGCCACCCAUCCCUGGCCAGCAGCGGGGUCAACGGGGGGGGACAGCUCUCCAUGCUCAGUUCCAAGAGCUCCUCUGUCUUACAGAUACGCAUGGUGGACCCCCUGGCCGAGACACCGUCCACACUCAACCUGCCCACCUGAUUGGCCGAGACACCGUCCACACUCAAUCUGCCCACCUGAUUGGCCCAGACACCGUCCACACUCAACCUGCCCACCUGAUUGGCCGAGACACCGUCCACACUCAACCUGCCCACCUGAUUGUCUCAAACCCCUGGCUGAGACACCGUCCACACUCAACCUGCCCACCUGAUUGGCCGAGACACCGUCCACACUCAACCUGCCCACCUGAUUGGCUGAGACACCGUCCACACUCAACCUGCCCACCUGAUUGGCCGAGACACCGUCCACACUCAACCUGCCCACCUGAUUGGCUGAGACACCGUCCACACUCAACCUGCCCACCUGAUUGUCUCAAUCCCCUGGCCGAGACACCGUCCACACUCAACCUGCCCACCUGAUUGGCCGAGACACCGUCCACACUCAAUCUGCCCACCUGAUUGGCCGAGACACCGUCCACACUCAACCUGCCCACCUGAUUGGCUGAGACACCGUCCACACUCAACCUGCCCACCUGAUUGGCUGAGACACCGUCCACACUCAACCUGCCCACCUGAUUGUCUCAAACCCCUGGCCGAGACACCGUCCACACUCAAUCUGCCCACCUGAUUGGCCGAGACACCGUCCACACUCAAUCUGCCCACCUGAUUGGCCGAGACACCGUCCACACUCAAUCUGCCCACCUGAUUGUCUCAAACCCCUGGCUGAGACACCGUCCACACUCAACCUGCCCACCUGAUUGGCCGAGACACCGUCCACACUCAACCUGCCCACCUGAUUGGCUGAGACACCGUCCACACUCAACCUGCCCACCUGAUUGUCUCAAACCCCUGGCCGAGACACCGUCCACACUCAAUCUGCCCACCUGAUUGUCUCAAACCCCUGGCCGAGACACCGUCCACACUCAAUCUGCCCACCUGAUUGGCUGAGACACCUCACUGACCACGCCCUCCAUCAACCUUUCCACCUGAUUGGCUGAGACACCGCCCACACUCAACCUGCCCUCCUGAUUGGCUGAGACACCUAGCUGAGACCUCGCCCACCCUUAAGCAGAACACCUGAUUGGCCGAGACACCACUUGCCCACCGGAUUGUCUAAUUGGCUCAGACCCCUCCCUAACCAGUUAUCUUCAGGCCCUCUUCUUCCCAGACAAUUCAGAUUCCAUGUUCGUUAGUUAUCUUUAGAAAAGAACUGUAACUGUAAAAAUGUAACUAACUCCUCCCACUAGCCAGGCUCUCUCAUAGAGUAACUAACUCCUCCCACUAGCCAGGCUCUCUCAUAGAGUAACUAACUCCUCCCACUAGCCAGGCUCUCUCAUAGAGUAACCAACUCCUCCCACUAGCCAGGCUCUCUCAUAGAGUAACUAACUCCUCCCACUAGCCAGGCUCUCUCAUAGAGUAACUAACUCCUCCCACUAGCCAGGCUCUCUCAUAGAGUAACCAACUCCUCCCACUAGCCAGGCUCUCUCAUAGAGUAACCAACUCCUCCCACUAGCCAGGCUCUCUCAUAGAGUAACCAACUCCUCCCACUAGCCAGGCUCUCUCAUAGAGUAACCAACUCCUCCCACUAGCCAGGCUCUCUCAUAUAGUAACUAACUCCUCCCACUAGCCAGGCUCUCUCAUAUAGUAACUAACUCCUCCCACUAGCCAGGCUCUCUCAUAUAGUAACUAACUCCUCCCACUAGCCAGGCUCUCUCAUAUAGUAACUAACUCCUCCCACUAGCCAGGCUCUCUCAUAGAGUAACUAACUCCUCCCACUAGCCAGGCUCUCUCAUAGAGUAACUAACUCCUCCCACUAGCCAGGCUCUCUCAUAGAGUAACUAACUCCUCCCACUAGCCAGGCUCUCUCAUAGAGUAACUAACUCCUCCCACUAGCCAGGCUCUCUCAUAGAGUAACUAACUCCUCCCACUAGCCAGGCUCUCUCAUAGAGUAACUAACUCCUCCCACUAGCCAGGCUCUCUCAUAGAGUAACUAACUCCUCCCACUAGCCAGGCUCUCUCAUAGAGUAACUAACUCCUCCCACUAGCCAGGCUCUCUCAUAUAGUAACUAACUCCUCCCACUAGCCAGGCUCUCUCAUAGAGUAACUAACUCCUCCCACUAGCCAGGCUCUCUCAUAGAGUAACUAACUCCUCCCACUAGCCAGGCUCUCUCAUAGAGUAACUAACUCCUCCCACUAGCCAGGCUCUCUCAUAGAGUAACUAACUCCUCCCACUAGCCAGGCUCUCUCAUAGAGUAACUAACUCCUCCCACUAGCCAGGCUCUCUCAUAUAGUAACUAACUCCUCCCACUAGCCAGGCUCUCUCAUAGAGUAACUAACUCCUCCCACUAGCCAGGCUCUCUCAUAGAGUAACUAACUCCUCCCACUAGCCAGGCUCUCUCAUAGAGUAACUAACUCCUCCCACUAGCCAGGCUCUCUCAUAUAGUAACUAACUCCUCCCACUAGCCAGGCUCUCUCAUAUAGUAACCAACUCCUCCCACUAGCCAGGCUCUCUCAUAGAGUAACUAACUCCUCCCACUAGCCAGGCUCUCUCAUAGAGUAACUAACUCCUCCCACUAGCCAGGCUCUCUCAUAUAGUAACUAACUCCUCCCACUAGCCAGGCUCUCUCAUAGAGUAACUAACUCCUCCCACUAGCCAGGCUCUCUCAUAUAGUAACUAACUCCUCCCACUAGCCAGGCUCUCUCAUAGAGUAACUAACUCCUCCCACUAGCCAGGCUCUCUCAUAUAGUAACUAACUCCUCCCACUAGCCAGGCUCUCUCAUAUAGUAACUAACUCCUCCCACUAGCCAGGCUCUCUCAUAGAGUAACUAACUCCUCCCACUAGCCAGGCUCUCUCAUAUAGUAACUAACUCCUCCCACUAGCCAGGCUCUCUCAUAGAGUAACUAACUCCUCCCACUAGCCAGGCUCUCUCAUAGAGUAACUAACUCCUCCCACUAGCCAGGCUCUCUCAUAGAGUAACUAACUCCUCCCACUAGCCAGGCUCUCUCAUAGAGUAACUAACUCCUCCCACUAGCCAGGCUCUCUCAUAGAGUAACCAACUCCUCCCACUAGCCAGGCUCUCUCAUAGAGUAACCAACUCCUCCCACUAGCCAGGCUCUCUCAUAGAGUAACUAACUCCUCCCACUAGCCAGGCUCUCUCAUAUAAUGUGAUAUUGAUGUAUUCUUUGACAUGAACAAUAUAUUCACCAAAUAAUGACAAUAUUGGGGGGGGGGGAAAUAGUAAAAUGUGAUGCCAUAUCUUGGCUUUCGCUGUUGUUCAACAUCAUGUAUGUACAGUCAUCUUCAAAGUGCCAUACAGGUUGUCUCCUCUGAGCUCACGACCUGACACAGAGCCAUGUAUGCAGUAUAUCUCCAGAGCAAUAUAUUUACAAACUUUUAAUAUUGUUCUAAUUCUAGACAUUCAGUUACAUGGUAUGGUUUAAAUAUUCCCCUUGUAAUGUCAAUGGGGGGCUAACAUGACUGCCAUAGAAUGUUGAGGUGUCAUCGGAAUGCGUCAGAAUGUAGAAACCUUGAUGGCUCUAACUCUCUACAAUGUGUGUGUUCGUAAAUUCAAUCUGGAGUGCCAGAGUGCACUCAGAGUGUGCUCUGGGCGUUCGUAAACUCAGAGCGUUGUCAGAUUGUCCUUUUUGUAAAGUCAGAGCGUUUGGCUCUCGGAGCGUUCAGAGAGCACACUGGACACUCUGGCCGAGGAGUAGGGUUGAUCCG